GGAGCUGCAGUUAGGGAAGUUGCCGGCGGGAAUUUGGAGAAGAAGCUCACGGGAAAUCCACCCAAAAAUUGAAGGAACAACACAAAAUUAGAGUAAACCCAAGGCAAUUAAAGCUGGAGAAGGGAGAUUCAUGGCUGUUCUUACCGGAAAAUCAAAGCAAUUCGCCCCCACAAAGCAGGAGCAGCCGGCGGUGACGAAGGAAGAAGCAGCAGCAGAUCUGGAUUUUCCAGCAGGGGGAGAAAGGUUUCAAGGCUCCAAUCUUGUUCUUGGACCAGAAAAGAAGGAUAAAAUCAGGCUGCUUACCGGUUUCCUCAAGGCAUGGCUGGGUUCCCCUUUUUUUUCUUUCGGGUGGCUGCAGCAAGGUCGGGAAGAGCAGAAGCACGCGGGGAAGAAGAAAGAAAGAAAGAAAAAAGAAAAGGAAAAGAAAAAAUGGUGGUUUGCUGCAUGUAAGAUUAGAGUAAGAGCAAUAAUCGACACUUCAUCGUUAAGUGAUGGUGGAAAUGUUUAUUAUCAAGACGAUGAUCUUUCUAUGCCACAAUUGGUGCAACCCUCGACUGUUUUAAAUGAUCAUGUUUCACUAGCAUCUCAAGGGGGAGAAGAAGUGGUGAUUAGUGAGGUCAUGCAACUGCCAUAUGUGACAGAGGAAGAAUGUGUGGGUGAGGAUGAUGAUGAAGAGGAAGAGUUUGAUGGAACGGAAACAUCUGAAGAAGAAGUUCCAAAUUACUUAACCGAGAGUGAUAGUGACUAAAUGUAUCUUAUUUGAUUUUUUUAAUUAAUUGAACAAGGGAUGAAAGACUACUUAUAUUUUCUUUAUUAUGUGUUUCCAUUAAUGACUUUUAUAUUUAUUUUUAUAUCAAUAUAUCUACUAUAAUUCU